AUUAUCAACAUAGCACAUAAAACAAAUAAAACCAGGAACCCGACCGAACAAAAGGAGACAAGGAACGAGCACAUGUAACGCUUAUUAUGGACACCAAAUCCAGACCGACCGCAAAUAGAAAACAAAGGAAGAUUCAAUCCAAAUCUGGAAGCAGCCCCGCUAUCACCCGGGGACAAGGCAGCAAAGCAGGAGACGACAUCCUGCAGGAAGCCAAUAGCUGUCAACCGAGCCUCAGUGACGUGGCAUCAACGUACAGGAGCCACAGGGCCGAACAGCGUACACUUGGCGAUGCAAUCAAUCAAGAACGGAGUAAGGGACGUUUUGUAUGCAGACACGCGCCCUCAACUCCUCGAGUUAAUUAGUGAGAACAAACACAGUAGACCGAGGGUCGAGAUGCAAAAGCAUCAGUAAGGACUGAACAGAGCGAACAGAGUAAUGUGUGACAUGUCUGGCAAAGUAUCAACCAGUUAGAGGACCACCAU